CUCUCUCUCUCUCUCUCUCUCUCUCUCUCUCUCUUUCUCUUUCUCUCUCUCUCUCUCUCACUCUCUCACACACACACACACACACAGCAGGGUGUUCGAGCAAGAGGAAGCAUCAUUCCGGUGGGUUUUUUUUUUUUAAUCUCCUCUGUUUGGAGCCGCUACAUCAUUUUAGAUGAGGAUGCACCGGAAUGGCACGCGCCUCACCUGAUCUUCAAGAAACGCCCAGAGCGACCCCACUGACUCAGUUUUAACCUCCUGACUCAAGUCUGAGAAGGUCAUCACUGACGCUAACACAUUAAAUCGGUGUUUGGAUGCUGCUGGGUCUCAGAAGGCAGCAGCAGCAGACCCAAGCACAGUCCAUGCUGUCUCCCUGUGUCCGGCUGUCUCACUGCACAAGUGCCAUGACAGGAUAACGGAGGCGUGGUCGGGGUGGGAGUAGCUCUAGAGGGGUGUGGUCACCAGGAGAGUCGGCGGAGCUCCUGAAGGAGCAGUUUCACAGCCGUAGAUGAUGACCAGCCUGUUUCGGCGCAGCGCCAGCAGCAACGGCAGUCACGGCUCGAGGGCUAACGGUAAUGGAGGAUCCGAGCUCAAUAACAGCAAGUCUUCUCGACAGCACGUCAGACGGCUGGAGUUCAACCAGGCCAUGGACGACUUCAAGACCAUGUUUCCGAGCAUGGACCACGAGGUGAUCGAGUGUGUCCUGCGGGCCAAUAAUGGCGCCGUGGACUCCACCAUCGACCAGCUCCUGCAGAUGAGUUUGGAUGGACAAGGCACGGACGACAGCUCCGACUCGGACGACAGCAUUCCCCCAGAGAUCUUGGAAAGGACAUUAGAGCCGGACAGCUCGGAUGAAGAACCCCCACCUGUUUACUCUCCACCCUCGUACGAGAUGCACAUCUAUGACAGGAAGCACCCGGCUGACGUGCCGCCGUUCCCUCCUCCCAGGUUCGAAGCCAAUCCUCCAACCGAGCAUCGUCAGGUCAGCAGCUACAGGAACUGGAACCCUCCGUUACUAGGCAACCUCCCUGAUGACUUCCUGCGUAUCCUGCCCCAGCAGCUCGACAGUCUGCAGCUUUCUCAAAGCAGCCUGUCCCAGCCUUCCUCGUCGUCGUCGUCCUCGCUGUCCUCUCUGACGCAGUACUCUGCCUCGGAGCAGGACAGGAAGCUGAAGCAGUACCUGGAGGAUGAGCGCGUCGCCCUUUUCCUGCAGAACGAGGAGUUCAUGAGGGAGCUGCAGCGCAACCGAGACUUCCUCAUCGCUCUGGAGAGAGAUCGUCAGAGGUUUGAGUCUCUGAAAUCCCAGCGCUCUCAUUCAUCCGCAUGCAUGGAGCGUUCCACUGAAGGUGAUCACAACGCCUCAGGCUCUGAGGAAGCCUGCACCUCCAUCUCAGACGAUGCCUUGUUCCGUGACAAACUCAAGCACAUGGGAAAAUCUACAAGGAAGAAGCUUUUUGAAAUCGCCAAAUCUUUCUCUGAAAAAACUCGCCGGAGGAAGACCAAAAAGAGGGCUCUCCUCAAGCAUCAAUCACUCACGACUGCAGCCUCCACUGCCAACCUUCUGGAGGAUGUAGAGGGACUUACAGCAGAAGAUGAAGGCAAGCUCAGGAGAUCCGGUGCUCAGGAAAAGGACGAGUCGAACAAGGAAGUGGUGUCAUGACUUUUUUCUCAUGUUACGCCCCUGCUGUUCUCCUGAUGGUGGGACGAGCCUCACUUCGAUCCCCCCUUUGCCAUCUGGAUCGGCCUGCGGCGAGUCUGCGUGGGCCACGGAGCCGUGCUCUCAAUGUGUGCCCUCAUGUGGAAGGCGCUUAGGUUCACAUCAGCGAGCUGGAAAGCUGGAAACGUUGAUCUCCUUAGGACUUGUUCAUUCACUUUGAGUUCACCUGAAUCACGAAAUCAUCACAUGUAUUAUCUAUCAGACCUAUUAUUAUCUUAUACGGUUCUUUUUUAAAAAAAAAAAAUUUUUUUAGACUAGGGCUGACUUGCAGCUGAUUUCAGAUUGAAUAUCAUGCCGAGGUGGAGUCGGGGAUGUUCAGAGGGAGCCGACGCGCUGCUCGGUGACACUCAGGACUCCACACACAAGCACAAACUCUUCCGCGUUCACCUCGGCAGCCAUCUUCGGCCGCGUUCGAUCUGUCGAAACUCAGGAGCAAUCGAGACCAGUGCGGCUUCGCGUAUAAAAGCUGUUUUAUCGUGUAUAAUAACCGCAGUAUCUUUAGCUGUUUGUUUUUAGCGCUACCACCUCCUCUACAGCUCCUCAAUCAGAUCUCCAGUUCCGACUCAUCGGUGAGGUGUAAAUAUGGUCAGUUGUUGCACACGAUCAGGCCGAAUGUUUUCCACUUGAAUCUGGCAGGAUGUGACCUGAGAGUCGUCACUGUGUCAUUCAUUGAAGUAAACAUCGUGGUCCAUCAUUCGUCUUUCCAUUGCACUUUCUGUGCAGGAUGCUGCCUCUUUGUACAGAUCACUGACUUUGAUCCAUACCGCACUUUCUUACUUAAAUUAUAUUAAAUUAUAUUCAAUUCAAUUCGAUUAAAUGACUCUUUGAAAAGCGAAUCAGCUUCUCUGUCUGUCCCCCCCCCCUUCAUUUCCAGGAAGUGAGCAGCUGCAUAUUGUUAUCAUGACGUCCUGUCGCUCCAAAGCCAAGCUGUUUAUGGGCUGUUUGUCCACGUGCAGCUACUUUUAUCUCUCGGGUUGCACAAAUAUCACGUCCGUGUCCAUCUCUGGUUCGAGUCUGGAUUCCAGCACUUCCUUGCAUUGUGCUUGCGUCCUGUCUUCCUCUCAGAAGUGACGAAUCGCAUAAAGGGACGGUUUGAUAAGAAAUAAACCCACGUGGACAGGCGGAGAAACUUCAUACGUCUCCAAACAUAAAUGUAGGAUCAAACCAGGGACAAUAGAGCUGUGAGGACCCUGACACGGAUAAAGCACUUAUUAAAAAUGAGUGAACGAAUGAACGACGACGCACCUGAUUCAACUAAUCAGAUAAUUAUUUAAUUCUAGAAGUUGGUGUGUUGGAGCAGGAUGAACACUAAAAUGUUCAAGGUAGGGGUUCUCUAGGCCCUGUGAUCAUGCCUAUUCAACACUCAUACAAGUGCUUUGGAGGACACUGAAGGGAAAUGCUGUAUUUGGAAGAAACAGACAUGCAAUAACCUGAUUGUCCAGUAGAUGGCACUGGAGACCAAUAUGUAACCUCACACAUUCCUUUUAAUGAAGGCCAAUAAUAACAACUACAUACUGUAUUUGCAUCAGCACAACCAUUAUCAAAUUCAUGAAAUGUUAGAUUCUUGGAUUGGAUUCUGCCUCACUUUUUUAGUCACUUCGGAUAAAAGUGUCUGCUGAAUCAGAAACUGUAAUGUAAUGUAAUAUAAGCUGAUUUAAUUGAAUAAAUAUGACUCUAUGGCUUUUCCUGUCAUCACAGAGUGUGUGCCAGAGAGAGACGUCUAGGACUACAGAGCCCUCAGAUCAUGACACUGGCUGCAGGACAGUUCGUGUGUGUUUUAUCUCUUGGUGGAUCCUUACAAGGAUCCUUACUAGGAACGUCUGUUGUCGUUGUUGUUGUUGUUAUUGAUUGUGGCACCUGAUAGUAAUCCUU